CGGCCUCGCGCAUUCCCAGCGUGGCGAAGAGCUGCUGUCGGCGGGACUUCCGUGUUGGCGGGAUUCUGAACGCUGCCAUGGCUCAGACCGUGCAGAACGUUACAUUGUCCCUCACUCUGCCCAUCACGUGCCACAUUUGCUUGGGGAAGGUCCGUCAGCCUGUGGUAUGCACCAACAACCAUGUGUUUUGUUCCAUUUGUAUCGACUUGUGGUUGAAGAAUAACAGCCAGUGUCCAGCCUGCAGAGUCCCUAUCACUCCUGAAAACCCUUGCAAAGAGAUUAUUGGAGGAACAAGUGAGAGCGAGCCUAUGCUGAGCCACACGGUCAGGAAGCACCUUCGGAGGACCAGACUGGAGCUCCUGCAUAAGGAGUAUGAGGAUGAAAUAGAUUGUUUGCAGAAAGAGGUAGAAGAACUUAAAAGUAAAAAUCUCAGCUUGGAAUCACAGAUCAAGACCAUUCUGGAUCCUUUAGCUUUGAUGCAGGGCAGUCAAAAUGAAGACAAACAUCUAAUGGCCGAUAAUCCAAGUAAAAUUGACCCAGAAUCAGUAGUAGAGUGGAAGAAAAAGCUGAGAACAGCUAAUGAAAUAUAUGAAAAAGUAAAAGAUGAUGUGGAUAAGCUAAAGGAGGCAAAUAAAAAAUUGAAGUUGGAAAAUGGUGGCCUGCUCAGGGAGAAUUUACGGCUGAAGGCUGAAGUUGACAACAGAUCUCCUCAAAAGUUCGGGAGGUUUACUGUUGCUGCUCUCCAGUCCAAAGUGGAACAGUAUGAACGUGAAACCAAUCGCCUCAAGAAAGCUCUAGAACGAAGCGAUAAAUAUAUAGAAGAACUAGAAUCUCAAGUAGCACAUCUGAAACACUCCGAGGAGGCAAAGGAAGACAUGGAUGCCCUUGGCCAGAGGGCACCCUCUGCAGAUGGCAAGGGGCCCAACAGCAGCGAUGAGGGUGUACCAUCAAAGAAUCAGAGUGACAGUGCCAGACAGCAGGCUGGCUCAGCCAGUUCUGCUUCUCACCUGGCCACACCUUCCAGCAGCAGACUAGCUGACACCAGUUCCAUCAGGCAGGAGAGCACCAGCAGGACUGAACCAAACUGUCCCCAAAACAAAGACAGAUACCCCAAACCCACAGAGCCCCUCCUGGGUGCGAGAGAGACUCCGAUGGAAACUUAUUUGGAAAGAGAGUGGGGCAGCAAGCCAAGUGACUGUGUACCUUACAAAGAGGAAGAGCUUUAUGGCCUCCCAGCUCCCUGCACAUCCUUGUCCCUCAGCUGCCUGCAGCUGAGCACUCCAGAAAACAGAGAGAACCCUGUGAUCAAAUCAGGGAGUUCUAGAAAGCAUGCAAACCAUCUCAGAAAACUGGUAUUCGAUGAUUUCUGUGAUUCUCCAAAUGCCUGUAACAACAGUUCUUCAGAGGAUGAUAGAAGGGGAAAUGAAAAGAAAUCGGACUGCUUUGCUUCCUCAAAGUCAGGGUUUUGGGAUUGUUGCCCCACGAGCUAUGCCCAGAGCUUGGAGUUUGAUGGCUCAGAGGGGACUACAAUAGCAGACUCUGUUGGGGAAAUACGGUCGAAGUCGAGUGAGAAGUCAGGACCGUGCUUGUCCAAGAGACUGAGCUGUCUCCGCUCCCUGGAGAUGAAUCGCACAAGGACAUCCAGUGAGGCGUCCAUGGAUGCUGCAUAUCUGGACAAAAUCUCCGAGCUAGAUUCCAUGAUGUCCGAGUCUGACAACAGCAAGAGCCCUUGCAAUAACGGUUUUAAGUCCGUGGAGCUGGAGGGGUCCUCAAAGUCACCUCAAGGCAGGGAGUUUCUCGAGGAGCCUGACAAGUUACAAGAAGGAAGUAAGCUGAGUCUUUCCAAAUCUGCACUGGCGACUGACGGGUUAGAGGGUGGGAGUGAGUGGAAACCCAGCUCUUUGUUUCUCCUUUCUCCAUCUGACCAUGAGAUGAGUGAGGAGUUUUCUCUCCACUCCACUUCCCAUUCAGGAACUAGUGAGACCAAAUCCCAAAACUGUCUGUUUCAAACAGAGUUUUCCCAGGGUGUUCUGUUAAGCAGUUCCCAGGGAUUAUUUGAGGACCAGAGGUUUGGAUCGUCUUUAUUUAAGAUGUCCUCAGAGAUGCAGAGCCUCCAUAGCCCACUUCAGUCUCCGUGGUCUGCUGCCUUUGUGCCUGAAAAGAGGAGUAAGAGUGUGAACCAGUCCACCAAGAGAAAGAUACAGAGCAGCCUCUCCAACGCCAGCCCGUCCAAAGCGACCAAAAGCUGACUCACCGAGGAGAUAGCCUUGUAAGGGGUGGGGGUGGGGGGGUUCUCACUGUUACUGUAGUCACCUCUCAAGGUUCUAUACAGUCCUGAACUAAUAAUCUUCGGUCACGAGUCAAGUCAGAACGGUGGGUGUACCUGUCUCCGGGGUACUUCAUCUUGAAGAAACUUUGGUCUGUCACUUUCAGUUGGUCAUCUUUUUAACCAGAGAGCUUAGGGAGAAGAUCUGAUUUGUCUCUAUGUUGUUUGUUCUGCUUUUAAUCAAUGUUCUAUGUAUCUGGCCUGGCUCUAUGUUUUCUCAGAUCUGACUUGGUAGAUAUGGUGGCCUGAUAAGACUCAACUGCCUUCAAAACUUGUGCUUCUUAGAACAUUUGGUAUUCUGUCCUGUUGUAUGCCUCUUUUUAUUUAUGUUUAAUGCUGGCCUAAGUGUUAGCAAGGCCAUGCUGGAGAAAAGGCACUCCGAUCUUAGAGGAUUCACUGACGGUUUUUAGGUUUUAUAUAGAUGUUCCAAUGUGUUACAUUGUGUUCUGUCCAUUUUGUGUGCCUGUGCAUGUCUCUGUGUGUGCGUGUCUGUGUGAGCUAGUAUGAAAGAACACAUUGUAUGAAAAUACUGUUUCAGGUUGUUUAUAUUUGCUUAUCUUUGACCAUGUGUCUGUGUGUGUGUGUGUGUGUCUGUGUCUGUGUGUGUGUGUGUGUGUUUGUGUGUGUGUGUAAAGUAAAUCAUUAUGUAUUGGAAGGCAGGCCCAGGUCAGCUGAAUUUGGAGGAACUUAAACAUCCUAACUUUUUCCCCAGAUGCGUAGGUAGACAGGCAGUCUGUUAGGUCUCUGAUCUGUUGUGUCACAGGGAGCCUUCUGUGUAAUAAAGUUCUUGUCUGCAUGUCUCUGCUCACUGUGGCAACUGUAAGCAUGGGAGCCUUUGCGCUGGCUCCAUUCUCCAACCAGAGAGAAACAACCUCUUAUUGGCUAGUGAAUAUCUAUUAUGUAGGACAUUUUUUAAAUGAAAAGUAACAGGUCUGGGUGGGACGAUGUGAGAGUGAAGCACAACUGUUAGCGUAGCUUUCAAAGUGCAUUAUUUUAAACAUGUUCGGUAUGCCAACAUAGGCUAUAAAGAUGUCUGUAUGCUAAUGACUUGCUUAUCUAAUGUUCACUGAACGUUUUACAUGUAUUGUCUUACCUUAGCACUGCAUGCUUUUUUUAUGUGAAUUAAAUAAAGGAUGCCAUAUGCACUGCUU